GCUAAGCUCGAUUCCGCGCACCGGCAGCAGGAGGACGAGUUUGCGGACAUCGAGGCCCUCUUGGUUGACAAAAGCGCCCAGGGGCCAUUCGGGAACGAGGAGGUCGUUGAGGAGACCGGCCAGGUAGAAGUGUUGACAGCCACGUGGAAAGAGAUGCGCCAGGAGAUCAAUGACGCCCGCAAGACCAGCAUUUUUGAGGAGGCGGACAAGUUACAGAUCGCGUUCCGCCGCGAGCUGGAAGAGGCCAAGCGGGAGACGCGACCAGGAGCUCACAAGGCCAGCCUGGCCACGGCGCUGCAACAGCUUCGAGCACGUCGCGUCGGCGAACAGGCGUUGGACAUUUUCUUCGCGUGCCCAGUCGACAAGGGCGCGGUGGGCCCCGGCUGCGGCGGGGCGCUCAGCGGAGCCGACCGUCUUCAGAAGCUCAAGGAGUUGGUGGAACCCACAAGCCAGCAGCUCGAGUUCUACGAGGAGACCAAAGUCUUCAGGUUCGGCAACAGUGGGCGCGAAGAGACCGGACACAUCGCUGCUCCCGCGGUUCGUUGGGAUGCACCCCUGUUGCUGAGCAAGCCGCCGAUGAAGGCCCUGCGAGCCCGCAGUCAGAUUGCGUUCGACGCCCCGGAGACCGCCGUGGAACUCGAGGAGACAGACUCGGGCAACUACAUGAUGCAGGG